AUGUUUCGCAUCAGUAAAGUUACAGAGGAGAGUAGACUAAUUGAAAGAACGAGGCCAAAUUACACACCGCGGACUGUACCUUUUGCGAUUCUUGUGUUUCUUCAACUUGUCGGUUUCCCUGGUUUGGUUUUAUAUUGUCUACAAACCUUUUCUUGCGGGAAGAACACAAGAAGUCCUCAUUUCAACUGCGAAAAUGGUAGCUUCGUGAACCACAACACUGCAAUGAUUGUGGAAUUGUCGUUUACUUGCUCAGAGGUUCUCAGCCGUGCAAUUUUUAUCUCUUUUUUUCUAAAGCUAAAAGGAUGGAAGGGCAUGUGGAAGAUUUUCAAACAGCUAUGUAAAGUUUCUCGAAUGUGGCUCUUAGCGUUUAUCUGUAUUCUUUGUGAGGUGCGUCUUGGCUCUAUACUCUACUGGGUACCAGACUUAUCAUCUACAGCUCAAGCUAUAAUUGCUUUGUACAUUCUAGACGCCUUUGCAAUAACAAUUGUAGCAGGCACGCUAUCUUUCAUAAAGAUCUUGGAGUUGGUUGAAGACAAUAUCGAUAUAACAAGCAAAUCUCGCCUCAUUAUUCUGUUCAAGUGUGUAAUAGCGAGCUUCUGGGCUCAAUAUUUUGUAUUUCUGAUUAUCGUUACUUUCCAGUUGGCGUUCGACGUUUCAGAAGUUGAUCCAACGUUUGUGCAUGAGGAUUUUAAGAGAGCUCUAAACCUACUCAGAAAAUCUGCACAAUUUGUAUUCAUGAAACAAAUAAGUGGCCGUCUUUGGGAAGCAUUAUUCGCAGACGAAAACCAGGAACGACAGCGAUCAAUAAGAGAAACGGAACUGGUUGAAACUGGAAUGCUAUACUUGUAUUGAAUGAUCAGAAGAUUGACUUUUUCCAGAGUUUCAAUGAAAAAAUAAAUAGUAAACGAAGAUCUAUUGUCUUCCAGUUUUACGAGGUUAAACAAAUGAUUUUCAUAACGCCGAGAGCCAAGGCAAAUCACACUCAUUAUUCGAAAACAAAUCGACUUUAAUUUGGUUAUUCACUUUCGAAAACUCAUAAUAUUUCCAUAGGAGUAAUCGACUGGAAAGGUAUCAAGAUGAUAGUUUUAUCCGAUCGUGAAAAUAAUCUACUUUGCAUAGGAAGAGGAGACAAGAUCUCAAGUCAGGAGUGUAUUCUUCCUGAGACAUCGAGAAGUUAAAAAGAAAAUGAUCCAGAAAUUAUCUCUAAUUUAG